UUUGACGCUCAUAGCUUGGCCCUCUUUAAGAAGAGAUUACUCAACUGCCCUCGGUAUAAACUGAAAUAUAAACCGGAUGCUAAAGACGCAGCCGUGCUGGUUCCUCUCUGUGUGGUAAAUCAUAAGCCUAGUAUUCUGUUCACUGUCAGAAACUUGAACAUGAGGGUUCAUCGAGGCGAAGUCAGUUUUCCCGGAGGUAAAACAGACGAAACCGACAGCUCGACUGAGUUCACGGCACUAAGAGAAGCACAAGAAGAGAUAGGUGUUGACCCAACCUCCAUAGAUAUAUUGGGUCGCUUUUCGACACUGCCAAAUAAGGAUGGCUCACUCAAAGUCCAUCCCUAUGUGGGCUUCAUCAAGGAUGAGGUUAAUCUGACCAAUUUCAACCAGGAAGAAGUGCAUGAUGUAUUUACGGUACCAGUCGACUAUUUAUUG